UCGGCAUUGCACAUCACUAGCGCGGGGUGCGGUGCGGUGUUGUGUUUUGUGAGUGAGUGACGUGAUAUUUCGAUGUUUUGAUCUGAAACUUUGAACAGGAAAUUAAAGUAUUAUUAAAUUUAAGCUUUAACUGUGAAUACAAUACGUUGGUUAAGUAAUUACACUUAAUACUUUAAUUGUAAGUUAGAUUAUCAGUUUAAACACAUCUGACGUUACCUGUUACGCGAUAAUUGUUGUUGUUCGGGAGUGUUGUACAAUGAGUGAUAAAGAGGACUACCUGACGUCGUACCGGGAGUUCUUCGAGAGUUUCGCGGCGACGGUGAACCCGGAGGACCAGCUGCCGGUGCACGUCGCCGGCUACACCAUCACCGAGGCCGAGCUGCCGGGGGAGACCCUGUACUGGACCACACAGUACCUCACUGAGAAACAAUGUCCGCUGCCGCUGCUGACGCCGCUGCGCCGCAUCGUGCUGGAGGAGGUGCGCGCCGCCGCCAAGAAACAACCCACCGACUUCGGCUUCCGAACUGAAGAGAAUGUAUACAUAGCGCUGCGUCUGAUGCAAGCAGUAACCGCCCGCGUCAACACAAUAUGCCUCCGGUACCUGGACAACGCCCAGCUGUCCACCCUCCCCCCGCCGCCCCCGCCGCACCUCCGCGAGCUGAAGACCACGUCCGCGGCGCACAAGAACACCCGCCGGGUGAUGGAGGAUAGGCAUGUGGAGAUCGGGAACUUGGAAGCCCUGUUUGGUAUUGAGACGACAGAGCCGACGAGUUUCUACGCGGUAUACGACGGACACGCGGGCUCCGCGGCCGCCGUGUACUGCGCCGCGCAUUUACACCAGUACCUGGUGGAGAGCCCACACUUCAAGACAGACCUCCGGCAUGCCUUGAGAGACGCGUUCUUGAGGACCGACGGGGAGUUUGUCAGCAAGAGUAAUCAAGAGCGAGCGAACGGCGGCAGCACAGCAGUGGUGAUAGUGGUCCGCGGCAAGACGCUGCACGCGGCGUGGGCCGGCGACUCGCAGGCGCUGCUCGCCAAGCGCAUGCGACUCAUGCAGCUCGUGCACCCGCACAAACCUAGCAGACAGGAUGAAAAAGAUCGAAUAGAAGCGUCCGGAGGGACGGUGAUGUACUGGGGCACGUGGCGGGUCAACGGACAGCUGGCCGUCUCCAGAGCUAUAGGUGACGCCCAAUACAAGCCGUACGUGACAGCGAAGCCCGAGAUAGCGUCGGUGGACCUCGACGGAGAUGAAGACUUCGUGGUGAUCGCGUGCGACGGGCUGUGGGACUUCGUCAGCGAGGACCAGGUCGCCAUAGCUGUGUACUGGCAGAUCGGUGCUGACCCUGAUGACCUGAAGGCGGUGUCGAAGCGACUGAUCGUGCAGGCCAAGCGGCAACAGUCGUCGGACAACAUCUCCGUGAUCGUGGUGUUCCUCAAGGAGCCCGCCCUCAUCAGCGCAGAGAACCGCCCGCCCAUGGACCUGGGGCUGGACAACGCCCUGGCGAACGGGCCUCCGCCCUUCGCCGUGGACGCCGACGCCUGCAAGCGUCAGCUGGAUGCCGUCCCUGACCCUGUCGAUAAUGGCAUCCUGCAUCCCGACAAUGGCCUCAUCCACCCGGACAAUGGCAUCCUCCACUCUGACAAUGGCUUCAUGCACUCUGACAACGGCCUCAUCCACCCUGACAACGGGCUCAUCCACCCUGACAAUGGACUCAUCCAUGGUGACAAUGGCCUCCUCCACUCUGACAACGGCCUCAUCCAUCCUGAUAACGGGUUAGACUCGGACAGCGACAGCGAGGACGACCUGGGCCCGGAGACGGCCGUGGACGUGGAUGUGGAUGAUGUGGAUGCCGACAAGAACCACGCGGCCGCCGCGCCCACCCCUCCUGCACACACACAAGAAGAGGGUCAGUCCGCUGGCGCGCUGGUGGAGAAUGUAGGUGAGAGCGGCGAGGAGUCGGAGGACGAGUGGAACUACUUCAAGGGCGAGGGCGAGAGCAAGGAGGAGGCGCCGCCCAGCGACGAGCGCGACGACCUGCCGCGCUCCGAGACUCCCUGCCAGGAUACUUCCGCGUGGGAGACCAGCUCAGUGGACAUGAACAGUUCCCCGCUAAACCCGGACGCGCCGGUGUUCGUCCCGGGCACGGCGGCCACGGACGUGCUGCUGGCGGAGUCCCCGCGCAAGCCGCUGCCCAUGGACGAUAUCGAGCUGCCGGACCGCAAGCAGUUCGAGACGGAGGCUGUUGUGAGGCCCAAGGAAUUGUUGGACCUGGAUAACUGUGAUCAGCUCAAUGGGCAUCAUAACAUCUCGCUCGACGAUGCCGCCAAGCUGAACGGCAACGACAAGGGCGCCGACAGCUUCGGCACGGACAGCUUCGGAGCAUUCGCGGCGGAAGCAGACUCCGCGCUGCUUCACGACCUCGAGCGCGUGCAGCGGGACACCACCGACUUCUGCAAUAUACAGGUAUUCCAGGCGCACACAGAAACAAACCCGUUCGCGACGGAAGCGAACGAGGAGCUGCUGGAGCGGCUCAAGAACAAGGAGCGGGACCCGAUGAGCAUGAGCUUCUACCAGGAGAAGGACGCGGACUCGCGGCCCGCGUCGCCCGUGGACCUCAACGCCGUGCGCCCGCUGCCCGACAGCGACGACGACGACAACGCCGACCCACGCGAUGAUAAGGAGAACCUCCUGCCGCCCGACAACGACGCCGCCCUCGACCAGCUCGAGAACAACCUCGCCGACUUCACCAGGGACAACAUCUCCGACUACGAGGCGGCCAACAACGCGCAGAACCUCGCCGACAUAGACUUCGGCACCAUCGACGCGCCCCAAACCGACACGCCCGAGUCGCACAAGCUCAUGUUCGAGCAGAUCCCCGAGAUCCCCGACGGGAAGAGCUCCGAGCUCGGCUUCUGCGACGACUCCUCGCAGGACGUGGACAUGGAGCCGGCCGAGCUGGCGGAGCCGGCGGGGGACGCCGACAGCGGCGUCACCAGCGAGCCCGACCAGCACGACAACGAGCUGGUGGACUUCACGUGUGAAGACACCAAGGAGGAGGACAGCGCGCCCGAGAAGAUGCUCGACUUCGUGCAGCUGCAGGCGGGCGAGGGGCUCGACGCGGCGUCGCCCGCGCCCUGCGAGCCCGCGCGGGAGCCCACGCCCGAGCCGGCGAGAGAACCCACCCCGGAGCCGGCGGUGGAGGCCGCCCCCGAGCCCCCGCGGGACCCCACUCCCGAGCCGCAGCCGGAGCCCCCGCGCGAGGCGUCGCCGGAGCCCGAGCCCGAGCCCGCCUUCAUGGCGUCCUCCGAGCCCGAGCCCGAGCCCGCCUUCAUGGCGUCCUCCGAGCCCGAGCCUGCAUUCACGGCUUCCCCUGCGCCCGAGCCCGCGUAUACUGCGGAAUCGGAGCCCGAGGUGGCGGCGUCCCCCGUCCCCGAGCCUGCCCACGCUGCGUCUCUUUUCCCCGAGCCUACCUACGCUGCGUCCCCCGUUCCCGAGCCUACAUUCGCUGCAUCCCCCGUCUCGGAGCCAGCCUAUGCUGCGUCCCCAGCGCCGGAGCCUGCCUGUGCGGCAUCUCCCGUGCCCGAGCUCGCGGUAGCGGCGUCGCCGGUGCCUGAGCCCGAGGUGGCGGCUUCACCAGUGCCUGAUCCCGCCGACCUGGCGACCCCAGUGCCGGAGCCCGAGGCCGCCGCGCCCUCCCCCGCCCCGCGCGAGCCCUCCCCCGCGCCCGCCACGCUCCCCGUGGACGUGCCGCUGCCCCGCGACUCCCCCGCGCCGCAGGACACACACACAGAGCCCGCGCAGUCUCCAGCGCCAGUUGAAGAAUCUCAGCAACAGUCGGCGAGCGCGGAGCUGCUGGCGCGGCUGAGCCCCGCGCCCGACGCCGCGCCCGACCUGCUGCCCGGCGAGCCCGCGCCCGCCGCGCCCGUGGCCGCCGCCGCCGCCGCCGCCGCCGCCGGGGCCGCCGCCGUUGCCGCCGGCACCGCAGCCGCCGCCGCGAAGGGCAAGACACCGAUAAAGAAAACAGCACCAGCCACGAAGACGCCGGCGAAACUGACGCCUAAGCCUGCUGCACCCAAAACACCAGUGUCCGCAACUAAGAAGCCGGCAGCGAGUCCCGCCGCUCGGCCCUCCCCGCGCCCCGCGCCCGCACGCCCCUCCGCCACCGCCGCCGCUGCCAAGCCCGCGGCGACCGCGGCCGCGCGCCCCGCCGCCGCGCCCGCCGCGCGGACCUCGCUCACAGCGCGCGCCGCUCCCGCCGCCAAGCCAGCCGCGCCCCGCGCCGCCCCCGCGCCCCGCGCUGCCGCCCCCAAGCCCGCUCCGGCCAAGGAGCCCGCAGCCAAAUCGGCCACGGCCCGCCCCGCAGCCGCCGCGCGCCCCGCGCCCCGCGCCGCGCCCGCCCCACGCGCCGCGCCCACCCCGCGCCCUGCGGCCCCGCGCACCACACUCGCUGCUAAACCCAAGGAGCCGGUGGAAAAGAAGCCGCUCACUAACGGCACCGCCGCGCCCGCCCGCAAGCCGCUGUCCGCACCCGCCGCCCGCCCCGCGCCCGCCGCCCGCGCCGCCCCCGCGCCCGCCCGCCCCGCGCCGCGGCCCGCGCCCCGACCCGCCACUACCACUGCUACAACUAAGAGCAGCAGCGCUCCGUCCCGGCCGCUGGACAAGCCGGGCAAGGAGCUCGCCAACCGCCGCGCCACCGCGCCGCGACCGCCGACCAAGAUCGCGCCCGCCAAGGCUCCCGCGAAGCCGAACACGAUGAGGCCGGUGCCGAAGAAGCCGCUCGAAGCGAAGAAGGCGGCGGAGAUGAACGGACUGAGCAACGGAGACGGCGCCAAGCUGCCGCCCAGCCCCGGCGACGCGCUGCCCGACGUCAUCGCGUAGACCCCCGGCCCCCGGCCCCCGGCACCCCGGCCAGACGGAAACGGGGCGCGACGGUCGUGGCGCCGCCACUGAUCGUCUCCAAUUCCUAUUAUUUCCGCUUGAAUUUUGUGAUUUUCUAUAAGUGUAUGAUAGUUAUUAACGUUACUGUUCGUAGCGGCAUGAUGUAGGUGCGGGAGGACUCCCACUUUAUAUUAUAGAGUCGCUUUUUAUAGACGAGACGUAAACUCGCGGCGCAACCGCCUUCGAUACAAUUAUCAAUAUUAUGAUUAUGAGUCUGUUUUAGAAUUUUAUAUUACCAACGAAUAAUUGAUUUUAAAUCCGGCUUUUAAUUUAUUAUCUUUGUAUAACCGUAUUAUUUAAAAUAAAAAAUGUGAAGAAGGA